CCUGCUCCUCCUCCUCCUCAGCAACAGUGCCUACCCUACUAAGAGGCUGUUUGCAACAGGAGGAGAAAGCCAUCUUUGCUAGCAGCUGAGAGGGCGAGCGAGGAAACCGAGGCUGAGAUCAUUCCUAACCAAGAAACAAUGUCAGUACCAAUUCCUUCCCAAGGUGCUGAAGGUGCCUCCAGUCCAGGGGCUCCUACUCAGACCAAUGUGACCAGCAACCGGAGGCUGCAGCAGACACAGGCACAAGUGAAUGAGGUGGUGGACAUAAUGCGCGUCAAUGUGGACAAAGUACUAGAAAGAGACCAGAAGCUUUCAGAGCUCGAUAAUCGUGCAGAUGCAUUGCAAGCUGGAGCAUCACAAUUUGAAACCAGUGCAGCUAAGCUGAAGAGGAAAUACUGGUGGAAAAACUGUAAGAUGAUGAUCAUCUUGGGUGUUGUAUGUGCCGUCAUUCUUAUCAUAAUUAUAAUUUAUUUCUCCACCUAAAAUACUGGUGACACAUGGUUUGGCAUGCCUUUGUUCAUUCUGACCUGUUUUCUGAUAAUUCUCCUCAUGAAACUUGCAUUUUGAUUCUUCGUGUCUUGGAGCUCUUACUUGGCAACAAUAUGUAAGAAUUCAAUAUAGUGUUACUGUUGUUUUGCUUUAUUUUAUUUUUUUAGUAUUACAUUGUUCCUAUAAGAAAUUGUGCCAGCUGAAUGCUGCCAAUAUUGGUUUCUCACUGUGUCUUAAAAUGUGCCCUUGCUGACCUUCAAAAAUUGUCAAAAGUCAAAUUAAUGUUUCUGAGACAAAUAAGAGGAGUCACAGAGCCUGUGCAAAAAUGGUCAUUGUCAAUCAAGCUCGAACUAAAGUGAGUUUGCAUACUGCACCUAAUUUCAAAAUUAAGUGCCUGUUGGGUGACAAAAAUCUAUUCGUUUCAAAAUUGCAGUUCAUCAUAAAAGCUGACCCAUCCACCAAAUCUGGAGCUAUUCGUGUUCAAGAAAGGAACCUUGUCCUUCCUGAUGUUGGACUCCAGUUCCUAUCAAACCCAGCCAACAUGGUGCUGGAUAUUAUCAUCUAACAAUGUCUGAGAGCCACAUUUUCCACAACUGGUUUUGUCUAACUAUACUGGUAGAUGAAACCGGUAUACUGGUUAGAUGAAACCAGUAUACCACAUUGGUGUAUGCAAACCACUUCUAAGAGCAGUAUACCAUAAUGAGCAUUGCUGGAAGGUGGAAAUAUAUGGAAACGGACCUCUGAAAAAUAUACAAGUGAGAGAGAAAAAUAAGCAAAACCUGCUAAUAUGCUUCAUUGCUUUGUGUUGUUAUAUUAUGUUUUUACAGAAAAUGGCAGAAACCUAGAGCCUUAAUUACAUGGAAAGGUCACUUUGAAAGUUGCUACUGUUUAUCUCAUUUUGGUGGUGUAUCUUAUUUACUUUGACUAGAUUAAAAGAAUAAAUUAACAAAGGGCAAAUGUGCCAGUGAACAUGUCAGAUAUUCUGAAUUUUGAAAGAGUUUAAUUUUUAUGAAGAAGUAAGCAUAUGUUCCUCUGAUUUAAACCUUGCUAGAUAGGCCAAUUUAUAUCCAAGAGAAUAUUUAGAAAAUAUAUGUUAGAUGAAGAAUAAUGUGACCUUUACACUCAGACUAUAAGCACAUAGGUAAAAAUGCCUCUUCCUUUUACACAGACAUUUUCAUAUAUUGUUAUUCAUUACUGACAAGUCAGCUGCAACUUAUAGUGACUCUAAUAAUGACAGACCUCCAAAACACCCUGCCAAUACCGGUUCUGCUCAGUUCUUGACUGAAUCUACCCCACUGUAAUGUAGGCUUCCUCUUUUCAUAGUCUCUCUUCCCAUUUACAGAUUUGCAUCCAUUCACUAAGGGGUGUAAGUUUUACAUAGAGAGAAUGUAAUAAAAUGAACUUCUCCAUUUUCCCAUUUUGCUUCAGCAUCAAACCAGAUUAGUACUAAAAUGUAUUGAAACAUUCCAGUAAUUUUCAGCCUAAUUUACUUAUUUCCUGUCUGCUAGUUUGAUAGCAAUUAGCAAAGAAUCAUUGCUAUGUGCCCCAAAGGAGCCCACUGACUCACUGUUUUGCCAUUGAAAAUUAACACACUGAAGCCUGAGGAAAAUGCUUGUAUAAAGAUGAUUCAAGAUGAAACUCAAGAUUAUAUCACAAUGAACCCCAAAAAGAAAGAAUUGAUUGCUUGGCACGAAGGACAACAAGUGUAUCAGUCUCCAACUUUUCUCUAUUACUGCUUUCUCCAAGAUGAAGUUACAAGCGUUUGCAGCCGAACCAUAUGUGAUUUUGGUGGCAGCAGUUAUGAGAGUACUGAACGCUUUCAUUUUACUAGUCUGCCCCCGCCGCCAGCCUUCCCAAGUCUUUUCCCUAAUGAAUUUUAAUCAAAUCCCCAAUAUCCCAAGCUAGUGAUGUGAAUGCUACAAAUACAGUGAUGAAAGAGGUUGUAAUCCAACAUAUUCUCAGAUAUACAUAAUGCCCAUUCUUGGUGCUUGAAAUAUAUAGAUAUAUAGAUAUAUGUAUUAUUUAGGAUACACACUCAUAUACAUAUGUGUCAGACAAAAACAAUGAGAUAUCUAACAGGGAUGCUGUUAACGUGCGAUGCAUUCAGAUCUGCCUGUAUAAGACCUGGCAGCAAUCUCUCUGUUCUCCAGCUGACUAUUCCUGAAACUGUCUCUUCAAGAAAUUUGUCUUCUGCCAUUCAUUACAGCAAUUCAUGACAACUGAUUUCAGGAGGUUAUUUUUUUCCCUUUAUAAACAGAAAGACCACUACAAUAAGCACCUGUGUACAGAAACAAAAGGAACUCAAAUCACUCUCUGUGGUGGCAGCUUCCCAUUGAGGUGACAUUUAAAAGGUUAUAUCUGUGAAUGAAAAGGGGAAACUGUGGCAGUCCAAUUACAUGUGGCUUUGUGAGCGUAAACACCUAGUUACAAGGCCGUGAGUCACCGAGGCAGUAACCUCAUUCUGUCAUGAAUGUUAACGUGCGCCACUUCUUCAGUAGUCAGUGAAAACCCAGUAUGGCUUAAUUGAGAGAAGACCCGUUGUUAACAUAUAUCCUUGCUGUUAACACUCAAAUGAUAUUGUGGUGUAGUUAGACCAGAAGGGGAAAAGAGACACUACCUUUGACAACCAGUAUACAGCUACAUCAGAUUUCUCUCUCAUACCCCACUGGUCUAUGGCAGUGGGUUGGUUCACAUUUGAAUCAAUUUGGCAACAAUGUUGUGGGGAUUCUAUGAGUUGUCAUUCCAAAAGAUACUUUCUCCAAGAGCUGCACUGCAAUUGGCACAACUGGAGAUCUACAAUAACAUCAAUAGCAGCACUCCUGUCCAAGACUGAAACAUGAUCCAUGUAGUGCUAUUUGAGGUUCAAAGAAGAGGUGAGUUUCUGGGCAUGUUUCUUUUGUUUUUAUCCUUCUGGGGCUUCUUCUGUUGAAAAGGAACUCACUAAACAUCUCAAGCAUCAAGCUGAAGAGAAGCUAAUCACACAACACUGGUUCAUUUGAU